UCUCCGUCCUGCAGGAUUAGACGCUGGUGAAUGUGUCCUCUCUCUUCCUCCCCUGAGAGUGCGAGGUCGUGAGCUGUGCGGAAGUCUGCCCCAGAGCCACCACACCGCUGGCCCGCGGCGGAAGAGGAGGCGUCCCUGAGAGAAGAUGAGCGUAAAGAAGGAAGAUGUGGAGGCCUUCCUGGACGGGAACCCGGCCUUCGCCCAGGAGUACUUCAACAAGAGCCUAAGCCCAGCAGCCAUGGCAAAGGUGUCGGGUCUCCCCGAGGCAAAGGUGGACUUUGGCUUGUACCGGGAGCUCAGCCAGGUGGAGGAGAGCAACUUCCUGUUUGAAAUGAUCAAGGACAUGCAGGAGAACGUCAACAUGGAGCGGGUGGUGUUCAAUCUCCUGAAGAAGGUCACCUCCAUGAUCCACGCCGACCGCUGCAGUCUCUUCAUGUACCGGCAGAGGAACGGCAUCGGGGAGCUGGCCACGCGCCUCUUCAACGUCACCGAGGACUCCAAGUUUGAGGACUGCUUGGUGCAGCCGGAUUCAGAGAUAGUGUUUCCCCUGGACAUCGGGGUGGUGGGACACGUAGCCCAGACCAAGAAGACGGUCAACAUCAAAGACGUGUCAGAGAGCGCCCAUUUCAGCCCGUUUGUGGAUGACCUGACAGAGUACAAGACUCGCAGCAUCAUGGCCAGCCCCAUCGUGAAUGGCAAGGACAUGGUUGCUGUGUUGAUGGCCGUGAACAAGACAACAGGGCCACAGUUUACCCCAGAGGAUGAGGAUAUUUUUUUAAAGUAUCUCAAAGUUGCCUCCUUGAACUUGAGGAUUCACUUCCUGAGCUACCUACACAGCUGUGAGACACGUAAAGGACAGCUGCUCCUGUGGUCAGCCAACAAGGUGUUUGAGGAGCUUACCGACAUUGAGCGGCAGUUCCACAAGGCCCUGUACACGGUCCGAGCCUACCUCAACUGUGACCGCUACUCUGUGGGCCUGCUGGACAUGACCAAGGAAAAGGAGUUCUUUGACAUCUGGCCUGUGUUGAUGGGAGAGCAGGCCCCCUACUCAGGUCCUGUUACCCCCGACGGCAGAGAAGUCAUAUUCUACAAAGUCAUUGAUUAUAUUCUACAUGGCAAAGAGGAUAUCAAAGUCAUACCGACUCCGACACCUGACCACUGGGCUUUGGCUAGCGGUCUUCCCACAUACGUAGCAGAGAGUGGCUUUAUUUGCAACAUUAUGAAUGCAGCAUCAGAGGACAUGUUUAAAUUCCAGACUGAGCCCUUGGAUGCCAGUGGUUGGACCAUAAAGAAUGUGCUGUCUCUGCCAAUCGUCAACAAGAAGGAAGAGAUUGUGGGCGUGGCCACGUUCUACAAUAGGAAGGAUGGGAGGCCCUUUGAUGAACAGGAUGAACAGCUCAUGGAGGCCUUGACCCAGUUCUUGGGCUGGUCAGCUCUCAACACUGACACCUACGAUAAGAUGUUCCGUCUGGAGCAGAGAAAGAACAUCGCCCAGGACAUGGUGCUAUACCACGUCAAGUGUCGUGACGAUGAGAUCCAGAACAUCCUGAAAACCAGAGAGGUGUUUGACAGAGAACCCUGCGAUUGUGAGGAGGAGGAGCUGCAGCAGAUUCUGAAAAAAGAGCUGGUGGACGCCAAGAAGUUUGAGAUCUACGAGUUCCACUUCUCUGACUUCAAAUGCACGGAGAUGGAGCUGGUUAAGUGUGGCAUCCAGAUGUAUUACGAGGUUGGCGUGGUGAAGAAGUUCCAGAUUCCUCAGGCGGUGUUGGUACGCUUCAUGUACUCUGUCAGUAAAGGCUACAGGAAGAUCACCUACCACAACUGGCGCCAUGGCUUUAACGUGGGCCAGACCAUGUUCACCCUGCUCACGACAGGGAAGUUGAAAAGGUACUACACGGAUCUAGAGGUCAUGGCCAUGAUCACAGCAGGCUUCCUCCACGAUAUCGACCACAGAGGAACAAACAACCUCUAUCAGCUUAAAUCUGGCAACCCGCUGGCCAAGCUUCAUGGAUCUUCCAUCAUGGAAAGGCAUCACCUGGAGUUUGGCAAAUUCCUGCUAGAAGACGAGACAUUAAACAUCUACCAGAAUCUUAACCGACGGCAGGUGGAACACGUCAUCCACCUUAUGGACAUUGCCAUCAUUGCCACCGACUUGGCGCUUUACUUCAAAAAGAGGACAAUGUUCCAGAAGAUUGUGGACCUGUCCGAGACGUACGAGGAGGAGAAGAAGUGGGUGGACUUCAUGUCUCUGGAGACCACCAGGAAAGAGAUUGUCAUGGCAAUGAUGAUGACAGCCUGUGACUUGUCAGCCAUCACCAAACCCUGGGAAGUUCAGAGCCAGGUGGCCUUGUUAGUUGCUGCCGAGUUCUGGGAGCAGGGUGACUUGGAGCGCACUGUUCUAGAACAACAACCCAUUCCUAUGAUGGACAGGAACAAAGCAGCAGACCUCCCUAAGCUGCAGUGUGGCUUCAUCGAUUUUGUCUGCACGUUCGUCUACAAGGAGUUCUCUCGCUUCCACCCGACCAUCCAGCCCAUGCUGGACGGCAUCCUGAACAACAGGAAGGAGUGGAAAGCCCGUCAGGAGGAGUAUGAGGCUGGCCUGAAGGUCCUGGAGGAGGAGAAGGCUGCUAGGGAAGAGGCUAACGCCAAGAAAGGUUCCGGGAACAACCCCAGCGGAGGCUCUGGGGCCAAGACGUGCUCCGUGUGCUAGAGCAGCGCGCGCUCCGGAGGUAGGUGACUCCAGGAUGACAUCAUCACAACCACACCACCUCACAGCCGCGGCCGCAGCCAGCACACACCCUGGGACAGCGCCACCUACAGUCACCAGCAUGAAACUGCAGCCUGGGAGCAGGGGAAGGAGGGCGGAAGGGAGAGGGAGGAAGAGAGAGAGAGAGAGAGAGAGAGAGUGGGGGAGGGCCAGAAGGGGGAUGAGGAAGCACAGCAAGCAUCCUGCCUUGCCCCAAAAGGACACUCAUUGGCUAAAUCCAAAUUCUAGAACCAUUCACCCUCCUCUCUGGGCCCUGGCGGCAUCUCCUGGAAGGAUUGCAGAAGGCGUGUGUCUGGUGGAGUCACGUCUGUAUACCAUGUCUACCACCAUUACCUUCUAGAACUCUCCAAGUAGGACACUGACUUUCCUCAGAGGACCCAACUUCUAACAUCUGUGUGUGUCUGUUUGUGUCUGUAUGUGUGUCAUUGUGAAUAUCUAUAUAUGACUGUGUGUGUGUCUGUAUGUUUUAGAGAAGAUGUUUAGUAUAGGAUUUUAACAUCAGUAGGACUUUGGUCUGGUGACUCUUCCUGAAGAGAACGUUAGAAAAGACAUUGUUACACACCUUGAUUUUAUGCGGUUGUAAUGUGUGUGACAUGGAUUAAGAAGUCUAACAUAUCUCUAGCAUAGCUACAAUGUAUUCUUGUUCCAAAUGGUGAUUGGAGCUCCGGUCACCAGUUCAAUGUUGAUGUUCCAACACCAGUGACCUGCACUGAUGUUGUUCGCUCUGUCCUUCCAGUCACACAUUAUUUACAUGAGAGAAAGUGUUAACCGUAGCUCUCAACACUCAGGUAUUCUGCUUCAGGGACUGUGGAUUACUGUAGGUCUGCUCUGGUCUAGUGUCUGUCUGUCUGUCUGUCUGCCAGCCUGUCUGUUUCUCUGUCUGUCUGGUUUGGUGGGUGCAUAAUAUGGUGUCCUAGUAUAGGAAAACAGCCGCUGUGUUCCAAAGGUUUGGUCUAAUCAGAGUCGUUGCCCAUGCUUGAUGUGUCCUGAUAGCCAGCUACCUUUUAACAUGCGCUUCUCUACAUGUUCAGUAUUUCAAAUGUUCAUUUUGGUACAUUGGAAAGUGAUGUCUUUGUAGGUCAACAGAUAAAAACGUAUAUCUACAACUUUAUAUUUAAUAUAGGAUUCAUGCAAAUGCAUAGUUGUAUUUCUGCAACAGGGCCUGUCUGUGAGAGGUCUGUACAUUCCGAGGCAGUACACCUGCCUCGCCAGCUACCUCCGAGCCAAGCUCGGAGUCUGGACCACUCUGGACCAGUUCUGAAUCUGGUAGUCUCCACCUGGUAUCACCAGGGGAGAGAAGGAUGUCCUCUAACUGCCAUUGUGUCAGGGUCAACUGGGCAAAUAUUCUCCUAGACUGGGGCAACAACCUUCCAUUGCUGAUGUAAUCACUUGUAAAUACUCCUUUCAUGUAAAUACAAAGAAUGUCACAUUAUUUUUGUAGUGUAUUAAAUAGAUAAUUUUCCUCCUUGUAGCGCUGUUUGUUCGACCAGCACUAGCUGUGAACAUCUCAAUGGUGUGUCACGUAGCUGUAAGAUAUGUACCAGUCCCUGAAGUUCAUUGGUUUUCUCUCCACUGCCUGAUCCAGACUGACAGGACAGUGUCUCUCAACCAUCUCAGGGUUCUGAUGGGAAUAGUCAGGGACCUUUUAAAGGUGCAGUAGGUAGAAUGUCAUUAAAAAAGAAAAGCUUUGUCUCCUAUGAACAUGUUGUGUAAGCUAAUGAAGCCCUCUGAGAGUUGUUUAUGAACAGAAAUCUCAGUGCCCUUGGAAUGUCAGUUUUUAGAGCGGCCCACUACGUUCCAGCCAAUCAUGUUCAAACUGAGUAUGAUCAAGCUGGAGCUGGAGGAACGCAUAUGAGUUCAGACCAAAUUGGGGGUGCUGUUUCUUAUAUUUGAAUUUAUUUGAUAAUGUUACCUAUUUCAGCUUUAAAUAGGCAUUAUGUUAUACAAUGGACUUACAUUCAUAGAUAGGGACAAUGUGCUUUUUAAGGAAAUAUGACCUGAGUAGAAUGGAAUGUGGAACUAUUACCAUAAAGCUUACAGUAUACCUCUGUGUGUGCACUGUCUACAAUGACCAAAAUAAAGCAAAUGUAUUUUUAAAGAAGGUUGUGACUCAUGUAACUGAAUAACUUCACAAUGCCUUCAGAUCCAGCUUCUCAUCGCAGGUCUUCCGUCAGGGCGAGGUGACUGACCUACGCCCAAAGCCUCUUAUUCAAUAGGAACGCUCAGCAGUUUCCAUCUUUGGACGACACAGAUCCGUCAGGAUUAAUGUGACAAGGUUGAACAGACCACCUUCAUACCUGGUUCCAUCACCUCAGCCCUGGAGGAGACACGCAACACCUCCACUGUCUGUCCCAUCUAACCACUGACUUACUUCCUCUGGCCCCAUAUGACCAGAAGUACUGUGACCUGACCCACCGCCAGCUCUUACAGGGGUUAUACAUUCUGCACCGAGUUGAAAGUGGAUGUGGGGUUAGAGUUAGGGUUUCUUAUAGUAUUACUAUGGUUACACUAGAUUCCAGUACUAGAGUUACGGCUAUGGGGUUUUGGUGUCCUAUUUGUCCUAGUGCUAAGGCUAUGAUGUUCUAUAGAGUAAGGGCAGUCCUAUUUAUCCCAGUCCUGGUGGAACACAUUCGUACCAGUGCUGGGGACCGUGGUGCAGGAAGAUAAGGAAUAUAGGGAGCAGUAGUGUUUACUCAGCACUUUCUACUUUUGUCCUGUGACCUGAAUUCAGGGAUUGGUGCUAAACAGGGAGGGGUGGAUUAC